GUGACCUUGGGGAAGGUGUUGAAAGCCAUUGUUGUAAUGCGUUCUCUUUUCAUUGAUAGAACCAUUGUUCGAGGUUUUAAUGAGAAUGUUUACACCGAGGAUGGAAAGUUGGAUAUUUGGACCAAGUCUCAGUAUCAUGUCUUCCAAAAGGUAACAGACCAUGCUACCACAGCCCUGCUGCACUACCAGCUGCCCCAGAUGCCUGACGUAGUGGUUCGCUCUUUUAUGGUAACACAGAAGUCUAGAACUAAUCUACUAUAUAACAUCAUUCCUGGAUUAUCCCUGCGUCACCUGUCUCACCU